AUGAAGGGGGUGGCCCCGUCCGCUGCAUUUUGCCCCACAGCCCCGAGACACCUCUGCCCGCAGGGGGUUCAAGCGGCCUUCCUGGAGUCCAGGACGGACGUCCAAUCAGGCGUCGCGACGUCGGGCGCCACUCUCCGGACCAAGCUGGACGGCGUGAAGACGUACAUGCGCAUGCGCCGGGUUCCGAACCACCUGCAGGUGAAGGUGAUCAAGUGGUUCGACUACCUGUGGCUCACGCAGAAGUGCUCGGACGAGGAGAAGGCCGUCAGCUGUCUGCCUGACAAGCUGAAGGCGGAGAUCGCCAUCAACGUGCACCUGGACACCUUGAAGAGGGUCGAGAUCUUCCAGAACACCGAGGCGGGCUUCCUGUGCGAGCUGGUGCUGCGACUGCGGCCGGUGCUCUUCUCCCCGGGCGACUACAUCUGCAGGAAAGGCGAGGUGGGCAAGGAGAUGUACAUCGUGAACCACGGCCGGCUGCAGGUGGUCGCCGACAACGGCAAGACCGUGCUGGCCACCUUGAAGGCCGGCUCCUACUUCGGAGAGAUCAGCAUCCUCAACAUGGGCACCGCAGGCAACCGGCGGACGGCGUCGGUGCGCUCCGUGGGCUACAGCGACCUGUUCGUGCUGUCCAAGAAGGACAUGUGGGACGUGCUGAAGGAGUACCCGGCGGCGCGCGUGCGCCUCGAGGUCAUCGCCGUCAAGCGCCUGGAGAAGUACAAGCGCGCGCCGCUCGAGAGAGGUUUGUCCCUGGCGUCCAGGAGCGCGCCGCUUGCGAUCCUCGCGACUCAGAACUGCCCCGCGAUGGGGCGCAGCCACUCCACGCCGGGCCUCGUGGAGUCAAGGGGGCGGGUGCCCUUGGAGGACAUGUGGGUCUCGCCCUUGGAGCCCUUGCUGAGGGACGGGUCGUCGCUGGGACCCCCGCCGUACUCCGCCAACUCCUUCAGCCCGGCGCACAGUCCCACGUCCAGCAGGUCACUGCCAGCGCACAUCCGCACCGCGGAGUCCCCCAUGUCGGCCACGUCAAGUGGCCAGUCGUCGGAUGAGGACCACCGAAGAGUCCACUCCACACGUCACCAUGUGCCUCAGACUGCCAGAGCAGGCAGAGCAGCCCGCGGGUACGGCUCGUGCGACACGCAGGCGCACCAGGCCGGCGGCCACUACGGGGACAGCACCACCCCCACGCAGCUGCUGGAGACCACCCCAUUGGUCGCCUCCUGCACCAGCGAGCACUCGUCCGCGUCCCCGAUAAGCGGCGACGUGCCGGCGAAGGCUGCUGCAGGAAUGCUGCUGUCUGCCGGGAGUCUGUCGCACAUCUGCCACGAGGGGAGCUCGGAGACGACGUCCCUCAUGUCACACGAGGCCUUAAUCUCGGAGAUCAAGCGGCUGCGGCAGCGCCUGGUCGUGCUCGAGACGGAGAACGCGGCGAUGAGCGUGAAGCUGAACCAGCAGCAGUGGGAGGUCGAGCACCGGCUGGCCGAGAUCGAGAUGCAGAUCUGCGGCGCCAGCAGCGGCGGCUCCAGCACCGAGGACAACGAGCGCAACCGCGAGUCCAUCAUUUAA